AGCAGCCCGAAGCCUCACGGCCCUGCAGACCCGGAACAUGCAUAUCACUGUUCAUCUGCUAGUAUGACAUUGAGGACGCGGAAGCGAGGCCAGCUGGCUGCCUUUGUGCCCCUCGAAGUUCUUACUGCGUCCUCAAAAAUUCCCUCUGAAUCCUGAUGCACCAUGGUUAGGAAUGUCCAAGCGGACGGGCGCAAUGAACCAUGGAGCCACUUUCAGCACUGAGUUUGGCUGCGGCCGUCGCUCAGUUUGUUCACUUCGGCGUCAAGGUCCUCGGCAAUGCGCGCGAGAUCUACGGCUCCCUCUCAGGGGCCACCGAGGAGAACAACAACCUCGAGAAUGUUACCCGCGGGAUGCAACGCCUCACCGAUAAGUUGGUUGUGCCCACCCUCGAGAAUCUGACAGACGAUGCCGCGAUGCUCAACACCCUUGUGGCCGAAUGUCGCUGUCUCUCACUGCUCAAGGAAAUGAAGCUUAAGGAUUCCGAGGCUAAAAUCCAGUAUGCGCCAGUUGAGGCUCUGGUGCGGGAUCUUGAACAACUGAUCAUAUCGUCUCAAAGCAGCGCCCAGAACGUCCCUGCUAUCCACGCACCCUUGGACGAGCUUCACAUCAAUCUCAGCUAUCCUAGCCAUGGGAUCCAGGACGAGCUCCGAAAUCUCAUCCUCUUUCUCCAGAGCAAAUACGUCGAAGCAUAA